AUUCUUAAUACUCGUGGGUUGUAAUUGGGUGAAACGCGACAUAAAUGAAAUUCACUUUUUUUUUUCUUUCUCUCAUCUAUCUCUAAUAUUCAACAUUAUACUUUUUUUUUCACAUUGUCUUAGUUUGUUGGUGUAUAAAUAAGUAGAUGUUAUCUUUUUUCACAAAAAAUUUACAUGAUUAUUUAAUUAUAAUAUAUUUAAGUUACGCAAAUUCUUGCGUACACUCGGUAAGUAUACAUAAAGUGUUGGGUUAUGGAUUUGGAUAUCAACACAUUUUCAUUUAAAGUGGACUCAAUAUAUCGUGAAAUUUUCAGCAAUUUAAAGUUAUUUCAUUUCUUUACUCUGUAUUUUCAUUUCAUAACAUUAACCUCCUAGCGCUAAGCCCAGGGGCGGUUCUGGGCCCUGCGCAGGGUGAUCGACCGCACAGGGCCCCGAUAAAAUAGGGGCCCCAAAUAUAUAAAUCCAUACAAGUAUUAGAUAUAAAAUUUCCGACCCUUUCAAUUAUAAAUAUUUGUAGUAUAUCUUAGUGGCAGAGAGCAUUUCGAAAUUUUGCUUCGUCCCGGGUUCAAAUUUUAACAAGCUUCUCCUAUUAACAAAAUUUAGCACGCUUCAAAAAAAAAUUAGUCUUUUUUAAAAUUUCUUACUUUCAUCUUCUCUUUUCUAAGUUUUUUCCAAUGAUUUUUAAAAUUUAGAGUAAGUAGUUUCUUUAAAAAAAUUAAUUAUAUUUUGGUAUUAUUUAUUUUUUGGUUUCAUUAAUUAUUAUUAAAAGAGGAAAGGUCCUCAAGGCGUUAUGGAUUGGAACUGUUUGGCCCUUGUGAAAAAAGAGGAAUGAAAGUAGAUUUGAUGGAGAAGUCUGGGAUGUUGGACGCUUGGUGCUUGAGGUGAAAGGGGUGGAUGUUGAGGAUGUCAAGACUGAUGAACUCAUUCUCGAUCAAGGGUUUGUAGUUCCUCACACCAAUUCAUAUGGCCAUUCUUUCAGGGAUUAUGAUGCGGAGAAUCAAAGAAGAGAGAGAGUUGAGGAACUGUAUCGGCUCAGCCACAUGAACCAAACAUAUGAGUUUGCAAAGCGCAGGAGAGAGGAGUAUGGGUGGUUGGAUCGUGUGGAGAUGAGCAUCUGGGAAUGCUGUGAGCUCCUGAAUGAAGUGGUGGAUGAGAGCGAUCCUGAUUUGGAUGAGCCUCAGAUUCAGCAUUUGCUCCAAUCUGCAGAGGCCAUUAGGAGAGAUUACCCUAAUCAAGACUGGCUGCAUCUCACUGCUCUCAUUCAUGAUCUUGGGAAGGUUCUUCUUCUACCUAGCUUUGGAGCUCUCCCGCAAUGGGCUGUUGUUGGCGACACGUUCCCUCUUGGCUGUGCCUUUGAUCCAUCAAUCGUUCACUAUGAGCAUUUUGAGAGCAGCCCUGAUUACAAGAAUCCAGCUUAUAACACCAAGCUUGGAGUUUAUAGAGAAGGCUGUGGACUGGACAAUGUUGUGAUGUCGUGGGGGCACGACGACUACAUGUACCUCGUGGCUAAGGAAAACAAGACUACUCUGCCAUCACAUGCACUCUUCAUCAUCCGAUAUCACUCAUUCUAUGCACUGCACAAGUCAGGAGCAUACAAGUAUCUGAUGAAUGAAGAAGAUGCUGAGAAUCUCAAAUGGCUUCAAAUAUUCAACAAAUAUGAUCUCUACAGCAAAAGCAAGUCUGUGGUUGAUGUGGACAAGGUGAAGCCAUACUACAUCUCCCUUAUUGAGAAGUACUUCCCAGCAAAGCUCAAAUGGUGAAGAACAGAAAUCAAAGUUAUGUCUGUUUGUCUGAUGUUUCUUUUCAUUUUCUUGUAAUGAAGUAUUACUAUGUGCAUCUGCAGUGAUACUCCAUUUUCUUCAAUAAAGUUUUUCUUCUUCAUAAAA